UUGAUUUCUUGUACCAUUUCUAGGGGGGGGGGGGGGGGUGCAAACCGGAAAAAGUACACCCCUGCAUCUACUGUUUUUCUUGUAGCUGUUUCCAUACAUCUACUGUUUUUACCUGUAACGCCUCCCGAUUUUUAAAAAUCGGACCUGGCAACACUGGCUGGACGGAAGUGAACGAAAAACAUAAAUAUGGUACCGAGAUUUCCCUAGUGGCUGUUUGCGGAACUAACGUAUGACAGAUAUUUUCAAAGAGUAGGAAUAAUAUAAAUACUACUCUUUGGAGUAGGAUAUUUUCACAUAACCACAUAACUGUGUGUGUAAUACAAAGAGCCGGUUUAUUGUUGUUCUAAAUUAUUUAUACAAAAUUUUGCUAAGAUUUCACUGUUAGACAUCUACGAAGUGGUAAAAAAUCCUAAAAGACCACUCCGUGAGGGUGAACAGUAUUUUAAAAGUGCAAUGUUAAUGUGUUGGUGUCAAAGAACGAAAAUCUGAAAAAGAGUGUCUGGGCUUAGCUGCACAAAUUUCUGGUGUACUUGAUUAUCCACAUGAAGUGGAAUGUAAUUUGGACACAUCAAAACUGGAAGGUCUACGUUUAAUCGAUGUAAAAUGUAAAUGUCCAGCUGGGAAUUCUGAUCAAUGUAAACAUAGUGUUGCAUUGCUUGUUUUUAAACAGAGUUGAUGAAGAAGAACUUGAUGAUUUGAGCUGUACAGAUUUGGAACAACAAUGGGGAUCAAUAAAAGCAACUCAUUAUAAAACUUAUGAAGCAAAAUGUCUUUGUGAUUUGUGUCAUGCGAAGUGUCAAUCAAGGCCAACUGUACAAGUGACAGAGGUCAUGAAAGCUUGAUGGAGAGAAAUACUUCUACAAUUAAGUUCAGAUCUGACGAAAAUCAACUAUAAUCUGCACCUCUAAGUGAAUACUUACUUUUUUAUAGUGGUGUGCGAAUGUCUUAUACUACCUGCAGUGACGAAGAUGCCAAUAAUAGACAAGCAGAGGUUUCAAGAUUAUCAUGGACACGUCAUCUUUCAGAGGAGAACAUAAAACCAUUCGAUGCCAUACCUGGGUUGACAGCCUUGCCCAUAAUAGGCAUAAUGCAUCAUUUCAUACCUUUCUUUGGAACGAUCGGACCCAAAAACAACUUCUUUGAUAUGUUUGAAGUGCUUUACCGAAAGUAUGGUUCUGUUGUGAAAAUGGAAGGGAUGCUCGCAAAAGGAACAAUGGUUAUGUUCUUUGAACCUGAUCAUUACGACAAGAUUUAUAGGGCUGAGGAGAUGCCUGCGCCAUAUCGAAGUGGGUUUCAAGCUUUAGAAUAUUACAGAGAGGAACUUCGCAAGGACAGAUUUAAUGGAGUCUACGGAUUGACAACUGCACAAGGUAAAAAAUGGCGAGAUUUCCGUACCAAAGUGAAUCCGGCGUUGCUAAAACCCAAAAUAGUUAAACUGUAUGCGCCAGGACUUGAAGAGAUAGCGGAUGAUUUAGUGGCACGAUUGUGGUCAAUAAGGGAAGACCCUGCAGCGCUAUCAAAAGAAUUUGAAACGGAAAUCACAAAAUGGUCCCUCGAGUCGGUUGCGUUAGUAUGUCUCGGCAAACGAAUUGGUUGUUUACAAGACAACCUUAGUGAUGAUCACCCGGCUAAGAAGUUGAUGCAUUGCUCCAAAACUGUACCUGAUUUAUCAUUCAAACUGGAGUUCGCACCAAAAUUCAUUAAUAUGCGCAACUCUUCUUGGUUUAAAGAGCUAAUGAAAAUUUUCGACACGCAAUGGGAAGUUAGUGAAAUGUAUAUAGAGCAAGCGAAAAAAGCAAUCAACGAACGCGGUCACGGUAUUCCAGAAGAGGAUCAGAGCAUUCUUGAGAAGCUGCUCGCUAUUGACGAGAAAGUAGCAGUCAUGAUGGCUAACGAAAUGUUGUUUGCUGGAAUCGAUACUGUGAGUUACGCUGUUACUGGUCUUUUGUAUAACCUGGCAGUCAACAAAGUAGCGCAAGAUAAACUACGCCAAGAGAUUCAUGCCCAAGCAGGAAGUAAAUACCUGAAGGCAUGUGUGAAGGAGUCUUUGAGAUUGUUACCAGUGUUGUCAGCCAAUUUAAGACAAACAACUAAAGAACAUAUAGUGGCAGGAUAUCAAAUCCCAGCAGGAACAUUUGCAAUAGCUCCAAAUGAAUAUUUGUCGAAAUUGGAGAAAUAUUAUCCACAAGCUCGAGAAUUCAUCCCAGAAAGAUGGUUGGUGGACAAAGAAGACCCCCUUUACUAUGGAAAUGCACAUCCUAUGGUUACAUUACCUUUUGGAUUUGGAGUUAGAUCAUGCAUUGGCAGAAGAAUUGCAGAAUUAGAAAUAGAAAUAUUGGUGAAAAAAUUACUAGAUAAAGUUGAAGUGCAAUGGACUGGACCCCCACUGAAAGUUGUGAUUAAAGUUAUCAAUAAUUUCAAAAAGCCAUACCAUUUUAAAUUUGUAGAAGCCAAAUAACGAUUUUUACCAAAUCAACAUACAAUUGUAUAUAAAAUAAUUCUUGGGAUGGAUAAAAGUAAUAAAAAUAUGAAAGUUAUGAUGGUUUUCUAUAUUUUCCUUGGAUCCAAACUCUGUACAUUGUCAACAUUUUACCCCUGUUAACUUGCAAUCUUCUAUCUACAAGAUUCUGUUCUUCUAGAAAUCCAGUUUCUUUGAAUAGGUGUGAAACUUCCUCUUGAGUGAAGAAAUAUACUUUUGUUCUAUCACCACGAGCAUAAAAAUUGUCAGAUAUACAACGGCCUUUUUUAAAUCUUAGUUGAGCCAAAUCAUAACGACCAUAAUCUCGGAAUACAACCAACCCACUAGGUUUCAAAUAUUUGUAUAUGUUAGUUAUAACAGUUUUCAUUCUGAGAAAAAAAGUAAAGCUAUUUUUAAAACUUUUCUAUAAACAAAUUCACAUUAUAAAAAUAAAAUACAAUUGCUACUUACUUUGUGGGAUCAAUGGCUGAUAGAACAAAUAUUAGAACAAUGAUAUCUAGAGAGUUUUUGUCAAAUGGUACAUCCCAUUCUUCUUUGGUUGCAUCUAAGACAAACACACUGCAUCGAUUUGUGUCAUACAAUUCAUUUUCUUUCAUUAUCUCAAUGGCUUUUGAUGAAAAGUCACAUCCAUAAAUAAAGAGGUUGGGAUCUCUACUAUAUUGUAGAAUAGGAAAGAUGGUAUUUCCAACACCACAGCCAAUUUCAAAUAUGUAUCGUUUGACAUUAAUAUCCUGUUCCAUAUGGGUGAGACAAGGAUUUGUGAGUUCUGGUUUUUCUGUCAUAACACUUUCAUUGUCACUUGGAUAAACUCUGAGUGGAGCAGAUGUAUUGUCAGGAGCUAACUCAGGAAAUUCAGUAAACAACCAGUGCCGAUCUUUGAAAAAUCUGCAAUGAAUAAUAAAAAUAAAAUAAGCAUGAAUUCUAAAAAAAAAUUUUUUUUAGUGUCUGUAUUUGAACCAGCACCUUUUGCUAUCCUGAAUGAUGCACUA